CUCAGUUGAAGGAAGAAAGCAAAAUGUCGAAUUCGAACCUGCCGCCGGAACUCAUCGCAGACAUACUGCCACACCUUCCCGCGAAGUCUCUUUCUCGAUUCAAGUGCGUCUCCAAGCCAUGGUGCACUCUCAUCUCUCAUCCUGAUUUCGUCAAAACCCAUCUCCACCGCGCCCAAUUCCGCCGAAUCCUCCUAUCCUCCGCCAACUCCUUCUACUCCAUCGACCACGAAACCGACGACCUCGCAGCCGCAGUCGAUCUCCACUACCCUCGCGACCAAACCCAAAACCCAAAACCUCAACCCCACGCGGUUCAGAUUAUCGGGUCUUGCAAUGGCCUAGUCUGCAUUAUGACUCAACCCGACAUCUUCUUCAUAUUCAACCCAACGACCCACCAGUCCACCCGAUUACCCUACGCUUCAAUCGGGUUUGGAGGCUCGUCUGCUGCCAUUGGUUACGGGUUCGGUUACGCGCCCUCCAUUGACGAUUACAAGCUCGUCAAGGCCGCGCCCUCGCCUGCCAUUGGUGUGUUUUCUCUGAGAGACGGUGACUGGAAUACGAGGAGUGGCUUUCUUUACCAGGAUCCGGAGAACCCAACAAGGCCUGGCCAUUUUUACCGGAAUCCAAUUCAGGGCGAGAAGGACCCACUUCCACCUGCGACAUCUCUCAAUGGUUCUCUCCAUUGGGUCUUCAAACUUCACAGUACUGGAGGCAAGUGCAUCAUUGGCGUUUUCAAUUUGGAAACCGAUAAGAGGGGGUUCAUGCAGGUGCCCGAAACCGCCGUGUCGGGUUUUAGCACAGGGGUUGUGAAUGGGAGUCUAUGUUUGAUGCAUCGUGAGGAUGGUCUAAGGCGUGGAUAUUUCUGGGUUAUGAAGGAGUAUGGAGUGGCAGAGUCUUGGACCAAGAUUUUGGUUGAAGACCCGUUUCUUGUGGCAAAACCGUUGUGUUUGUGGAAGAAUUCCAAGAUUUUGAUCGCCAAGGACAAGAAGGAGUUGGUUCUGUUUGAUCCCAAGGAUGGUACAUGCAAGAAUUUUGAAGUGGCUGGCAUUCCGGAUAGGUUUUAUGCGGAUUCAUAUGUGGAAAGCCUUGUGACUGUGCCAGUUAUCACAAAAAAGAAAAGUAAACUUGAAUCGUUUUGCUUGUGUUUCUGAUUAUGAGUUUGCAGUUUGAAUUUGAUAAUAUGUUAUACUGUGAUAAUGUCUUAGAAAGCCUUGUGACCUUGCCAGUUAUCGCCA